CGGGGCGGGCAGGCCGGCCGGCCGACGCGCGGGCGUGGAGGGGCGCGCGCGCGGGUGGAGGGGCGGCAGCGGCGGCGGCGGCAUCGUCUUCGGCGGGCCAGGCCCGGGCCCGGGCCCAGGCCCAGCGUGUCGGGGCGGAGGCGGCCAUGGCGGGCAACUUCGACUCGGAGGAGCGGAGCAGCUGGUACUGGGGGCGGCUGAGCCGGCAGGAGGCUGUGGCGCUGCUGCAGGGCCAGCGGCACGGGGUCUUCCUGGUGCGGGACUCGAGCACCAGCCCCGGGGACUAUGUGCUCAGCGUCUCGGAGAACUCUCGCGUCUCCCACUACAUCAUCAACAGCAGCGGCCCGCGCCCGGCCUCCGCCGCCGCCGCCCCGCCGCUGCCCCUGCCGCCGGCUGCCGCGCAGCCUGGGCCCGGGCUCAACCCCUCCAGACUUCGAAUAGGAGAUCAAGAGUUUGAUUCAUUGCCUGCUUUACUGGAAUUCUACAAAAUACACUAUUUGGACACUACAACCUUGAUAGAACCUGUUCCCAGAUCCAGGCAGCACAGUGGAGUAAUUCUCAGGCCAGAGGAAGAGUAUGUGCGAGCUCUCUUUGACUUUAAUGGGAAUGAUGAAGAAGACCUUCCGUUUAAGAAAGGAGACAUCUUGAAAAUCCGAGAUAAGCCUGAAGAGCAGUGGUGGAAUGCAGAGGACAGCGAAGGCAAGAGGGGAAUGAUACCUGUCCCUUACGUCGAGAAGUAUAGACCUGCCUCCGCCUCAGUAUCAGCUUUGAUUGGAGGUAACCAGGAUAAUUCCCACCCACAGCCACUGGGUGGGCCGGAGCCCGGGCCCUAUGCCCAGCCCAGCGUCAACACUCCGCUCCCUAACCUCCAGAAUGGGCCCAUUUAUGCCAGGGUUAUCCAGAAGCGAGUCCCUAAUGCCUACGACAAGACAGCCUUGGCUUUGGAGGUCGGUGAGCUGGUAAAGGUCACGAAGAUUAAUGUCAGUGGCCAGUGGGAAGGGGAGUGUAAUGGCAAACACGGGCACUUCCCAUUCACGCAUGUCCGCCUGCUGGAUCAACAGAAUCCUGACGAGGACUUCAGCUGAGUGUAGCUCAACAGUUUGGCUGACAGAUGGGAACAAUCUCAGUUUUUUUCCAACUGCCAUCUAUACAAUUUUCCUACCAAUGUCAAAAGCAGUAUAGUUUAUAUAUAAGCAUUCUGUUACCCUUGAUCUUUUGGGACUGAAUUACUCCAUGCCUAACCUUGGUUCAAAAUAUUCAGGGUACGAAAUUGGAUGGCUUCUGGGUCAACUUGUAAAAUCACUGAUCAUAGGUGGUAAUGGCUCUUUGUCAGGCAUACUGUUCCAUGCUGCCUGCCUGCCCGCCUGCCCGCAUGUUGUGUAAGGGAGAGAAAACAUCACACUGGGUUUUACUGAUUUGGGUUUUUUUCCCCUAAACUGGUCAUCUAUUUUAAGUAGGUUCCUCCCUUACUCUCAUGCAAAGCAAAUCAACCUUAGGAAAAUUGAUGGACAGGUAGUAGGAGUGUUGCACCCUGUUUAUUAUCCUUAUUUACUUUGUGGUUUUGUGUUUUCAUUCUCAAUCCAUGCCAUAAAUGACUAUAGACUGUAUUUUUUCAUCAUGAAGAAAUUGUGCACAGAGUGAUUAGGAACUUUUUAAAAGGUCACCCUGUCCAUUGGGAUUGUUUUCUAAUUAAUGACAAUGACCACUGUAAGACAUUCUGGCAUUUCAGAUCCUAAGAAUUUUGAGGACACUAUUCGAAGCAUCCUUCCUUCUUGGUCAAUGCUUCUUAUUUUUUCUUAGGAUUGAUUUAUUAUUAAAUUAGUUCUGCUAACAUUUGGCAUUCUUUUUUCCCCCUAAAUCUACAGAUAUAUAACUUAAGAGAACUGUAGGUUUGAGAACAUGUUGUGAAAUAGAAUAUGCAGAGCACUGGACUCAUUAGCACACAGCUUUAAGCCAGUCUUUUACUUAGUGGACAGACAAGCCCUGCCCUUUCUCCGAAGAGGAGAAAAAGGGUCACAGGUAUCAGGGACUUUACUUACCCUUGCUUGCCCAGUCAGGGCCAUUCUUCCUGAGUUGUGGCCUGGGGGAGUCUCUCAAAUUCCUGUAUACAGUCUUUGGAGUAGAAGGACCAAUCACUUAAGACUAUUCCAUGAAAGGUUUUGGGGCCAAGUCUGGUCUUCUGCAUCUGUGCAGCCUGCAAGCAAGGCAGCAGGAUUUAGUGCUUGAGGCAGUGCUUCUGAAUCAAAUCAUGACAACUUGUGAUGAACCAUUGAACCUGGGCCAGAUCCGGGCUUGAAGUAGCUCACAUUGUAAACUGGCUGAAUUGUCAGCUGUCAUUGUUUUUCUUUGUGUUCCGAUAUAGUUUACAGACCUUACUAACCAUGAUGUUAGUGAUUUUCAAUGGGGUGAGGUGUUCCAAGUACACGGUUAUGACCAAAAAUGUUCUAGAACAUUUUGAGUACACUGACCCGGAAGUUAGUGCCUGGUACAUGAAGGUGCUUAAUUAAUGCUUGCUGAUUAAUCAGGAGGCAUCUAGAAAUGGUUUUUUUAUUGUGUCAGAGACACACACACACACACACACAUACCCCAGAAUAAGAAGUAAUUUUACAGUAUUUCCCCUGAGAUGACCCAGUGCUUCAAAGGUUAGUUCCUGGUAGAGGGACAUGAGUUGAAGCCAGUGGAAGACAAUCGAUUCCCACUUAUCCCUGCAUAAUUGCAAGGAUCAAUGGUGUGGAUAACAUAAAAGCAUUUGUAUUUGGCUUUGUAACACAUUUUAUUAAAUUUUUAAAUUGUUUACCUUCUUAAUCAUGUUUUCAUAGGUUAAUACAAGAUGAGUUUGUAGUUGCUGAGCAUGCCAAAAGAUGGUGGAAGAAAAAAGCAAGCUUCCUAUCAUGCUGGGUGAUGAUUGGGGGAGAGCCUUGGGUUAGUGAGCAAAUCCAAUGCAAAUAUAUGAGUUGACUGUAAUUAAGAAAAUAGUUUUACCUCACACUACAGUAAAACUUGAGAGACCUUUAAUCUUCAGCUUUUCUUUAUGUGUUAGCACAGUGCUACGCACACAGGCACUCAGUAAAUGAUUUGAAUUCCUAGAUUUAACUCAUUUUGUUCUGCUUUGUCUAAUUGGUUAGUCAGGUUUUGGUGAAUGAGCACAGAUUGUUAAAACCUAAAUGCAUAUUAAUUCAGUGCUGUUUCCCUGAAAGUAUGGUAUUUGAAAUCUUUGUGGAGAAAACUGUUAGAACUGAUGGGGAAUUUUAUAUUUCGCUUUGCCUUUGCCUUUCAAAUUGGCUUGUAAUAAUGGUUAUAUAUAAUUUUGUCACGUAUAAAAUUAUCAAGACCCACAUUUUUGCCCAAAUCAUGAGCAUUUUUAAUGGUUGAUUGUCUGUGAUCAUAAAAGCAGGGACGUUUCUCUUGGAGCAUUAAGAUUUGAUUGUGCAUGGGCAGUUGCUGAACCAUAAGAAAUCAAAUGUCUUCUAUAGAUAUUCUCUGGAAGUAAAAUAUUAGUACACUAUUUAAUUGUAAAUGUGCAUUACAUCAUGGAGCAAAAGUAAAUCUAAAUUGGCUGCUAUGUUUUAUAUAAUCUCCUUUCAGCAAAGCCCAUUCUUUCAAUAUUAAUAUUUGACAUGAUUAAUUCUGGUUAAUUUGUUGGAAUUCUUGUUAAUAAUGCAAAUAGAUAAUUUUUAAUUAUCCUUUAGUAACAUUUCACUAUUAAUGGUUUGGAAAGGGUGAUAAGCAAACCAAUUUGAAACAAAAUAUAAACAUGUGCCAUUGUAUUAUAACACUAUACACUUUCUUGACAGUUAAAAUCUUUUUUUAAAAAUUUUUUUUGUAGCAUGUAAUGUAUAUGUUUAUAUAUGUAGUAAAUAAAAAUAUGGCCAAAUGAUUGGCUUGGUGA